AUAAGGAAAGGCUUGGUCUUGGAGGAUGAAUCCCGAGGAGGCGUUUUCCGUGUACCGGAGCUUCCUCUGGUUCCUCGGGGUCUGGCCCCUGGAGGAGAAGAGCCGAUACCAGCGUCUGCGCUACUACACGGCGGCCUUCUUCCAGGCCAGCUUCCUGCUGCACACGAGCAUCGAGAUCUGCCUGAACCGCAGCGGCGUCUCGGACAUGGUCGACGUCUGCCUGUUCUUCGCCUCGGCCUUUCUGGCCCUCAUCAAGCACACCUACCUGCACCUGCACGGCCGCAAGAUCGCCUACAACCUGCGCAGCUACAUGCGGGACUGGAGGCAGCCGAGCGAAUAUGGAAGCGCCGUCAUGCGAUCUCAUUUCAAGAUGUACCGCUACCAGUUCAUAAUCUACAACUCGAUCGGCUACAUCGGCACGACCCUCUUCCUCAUCCGCACGCUGCUGCUCAACUACCUGAAGGAUCGGGGCCAAGCUCGGGACGACGGGCCGGAAUUCGAGUACGAGUUCAUCUGCAAGAUCUCCUUCCUGUCCAAGCCGUUCCUGCUGAGGUACCACACUGGCCUCCUGGUGCUCCAGUACCUGCAGUGCAUGUACGUGUGCAGCAGCGGCGCCAGCACCGACUGCUUCUUCUUCGGGCUGCUGCUCCACUUGGCGGCCCAGUUCAAGAUUCUCAACAGACGAUGGCACGACUUUGGCGACGCGAGUCGCGACGAUCAGGCGAGCUUCGACGAGCUCGUGGCCAGACACCAGCUGCUCACCAAGCUCGGCCAGCAUCUCGAGCAGAGCUUCAGUCGAGUCGUCCUGCUCCAGCUGCUCAUCAGCGUCAUACUCAUUUGCAUGAGCGGCUGCAGCAUCCUCGUGUCGAUGAUGGAGCGGGACUACGUGACCAUGCUGAUAAGCACCAACUGCGUGAGCUUCAUGAUCACCGAGUCCUUCAUCUACGGCUACGCGAGCGACUACCUCAAGUCGCAGAGUCUGGCGCUGGUCGACGCCGUCGCCGCCUGCGGCUGGUACGACCUCGAGCGGGCCCGCAGACGCGACCUGGCCUUCGUCCUCAUGCGGGCCCUCUUGCCUUGCAGCAUCACCGCCGGCAAGUUCUUCUACGUCACGCACAACACCAUCGUCCAGCUGGUCAAGACGUCCGUCUCCUACCUGUCCGUCCUCAGGAUGACUAUCGAGCACUCUAGGAAAGCCGACGCCAACUGAUACU